GGAGGCCAUAAAGGCGCCCUACAAUUGUAGGGACGACUGACGAUACGGGCCUAAUGCCGGCCACAGACUAACAGGUACACCUGACAGGUACGCCUGAACAGUUACUCCUGUCAGGUGUACCUUAUAGUGUGUGGCGGGAAUAUCUAGCCUGUCAGGCGACCUGACAACUGAUCAAAAUUCGAUCAGUUCUGCUUGACAGGCGAGUAGACAUAAGUUAUGAAGUAUGGCUCCUUUUAUUUCUAACUACUGAAUUAGCAGUGAAAAAUGUUAUCUAAAUAGUGAACUAGCCUUCAUGUCAAAACUGUCACUGUCAGAUUAAUCAAAGGUUAAAGGGUAUUUGUCAACAUGUCAACUCUAAUGUUUUGAUUUUGAAAAAAUCAUUUUGAAUAACGUUCACCUUGUUUGGAAUUGGGAGCAGAAGUCUUUUGAAUCCUUUGUGAGACCAAGCCACAAUUUUCUGUUAAAAUGACAUCUACUCUGAUACGAGCAUUACAAAAUGAGGUGUUCGAACCGAAUGAAGAAAGGCUGAUAACUUGCUGCCAUGUAAGCAAAAACCUCAAGAAGAAAAAGACAUCUUACCUUUGCCUUGUAAGCACCUCAUCAUUGCCGUACAGUGUCAGCAUUGUUCAAGUGAAACAGACUGAUAAACAGGUGUUGAAGAAGAAACGAAGCUGGGAAUUGGCUGAAUUGAAAUGUGUAGAUGGUUACAAUGAUUCUUAUGAUACACACGAGUUUGAUUUGCAUUUAGACAAAAUAUACCGCUGGGUCGCUUCAAACCCUAAGGAGAGGCAUGCUUUUAUUCACAAUCUUUGGAAACAGGUCUCCCGGCAUAUUCUGAAAGAUAAACCAACAUUUAAGAAUGUUCCAAACAACUGGAUCACUGAGGAUGCAAUGACUCCAGAGAAUAAAUAUGUGGCUUCCCCUUUGCUGGCACUGGAAAAUGAUCUAACAGAAGAUUUCCAAGCUAUUACUGAUAAGGAACAAGAAGAUUUAAAAAAGCUAAUAUCUGGGUGUGAGUUUGCAAUCAGCAAUGCUGAAGGAUUCAUGGAGGUGCUUUCAAGAGACUUAUCUCUUUUGGAUGGAGAAAAUGUUCAGUGUGUUCUGGCCUCAGAGGAACAAGUAGAGUCACUGAUGGAACAACUGGAGCUAGCCAUAAAUGAAGCAGAUAAGCUUGAAGAUCAACUUGAUGCUUACGAUGAGAUACUCUGUCAUGUGAGAGAUACAAUGGAGAAAAUGGAAAAGAAGAAUUCGAUGAUUUCUGUUGUCAACACUAAUAAUCAGAAGUUGAUGCAUGAUCUGGAGAAUGUAAUUACAAAACUAGACCUUUGCCCUGAAUACCAAAAAACCCUCGAAGACGCCGAUUUCUCCACCAGAGAAGGUCUAGGUGCGGUAGUCAAAGCUGCAGAAGCUUUGAAAGUUGCAAUGAACACCAACAUAGACAAGGCCUUGCUACAAAUGUGUGCUAUCCAGGAGCAAAGAAAAAAAUUUGAGAGAUACAAGGAAAAGUUCUCACGGAGUCUCAGCAGACAGUUGAAUAAUCUGUUCAUCCACUAUGGUAAUCACAAUGGCGAGACUGAAAGGAGUUCAGAUGGCUUGUUUCUGCCACAGCAUAAUGGAGUUCACAAGGAGUUAUAUGCUUAUACUGAACUGAUGCAUUGGAUGAAGGCAAUGGAUAAAAAAAUGUAUGAAUCUUUGAAAGAAGUCUAUACUAGUUCGUUAGGUAAAUUGUACGAUCGUGAUUUAAGGGGCCUUUUUAAUGCAGCUAGAGAAAAAAUUGAGGCUAAUGGCAAUGUAUCUACACCUACGACUUUGAUAGGACUGGAUAGAGAUCAGUGGACGUUAGAAACAAGUACGCAAGAUAGACAGAGAUACGAUAAAGUACUUGAAAAAGUGCUUACUCAGCUGGAACCAGUGUUCAUGCAGGAACAGCAAUUUUGUGUGAAGUUCUUUCAGUUGGAUGUGAUAAGUCCAACGUCAAAAAAUACGCAGACGACGUUAGACGGGGCCGAAUUUCAAGAAAUAGAAAUUAUUCUGCCCACGAAGAAAGCUGAGAAACAGCUGGAUGAAGAUGUGAAAAAUAUGAUGAGCAAUCUAUUUUCUUGUUUAAAAACAGAACUGGAUUUGCUGAUUGAUCACAUCAAGAAACAAGAUAGCUUCUACUGCAUGUACGUCCUGGUACGUCUGAAUCAACACGUAAUGUCCGCACAAAGCUCUUUCUUGUCAAACACCUUUGCUUCCCAGUUGAUUGAGGUUAAACGGUCCGUGGAUCAGUUCAUGCAGCAACAAAUAGAUUCCAUAAAAGAAUGUCGGAUGGCCAAAAAGCACAAAUGCGGCAUCCUGCCGUAUGUGUCGAACCUGGAGGUAUUUGCCGUCAACGCUGAUUGCCUGUUGAAAAGUGAUAGGAAGGCGGAUCUGGAAAAAUGGUACAUCCGGUUGUUAGAUACGAUGUUAGAGUAUAUUUCCGUGCAUGCAGCAGAUCAUAAGACGCCGCCACAAGUUGUCAAGAUGGGUGAGUUACCACUAAUUUAGUAAAAGUUUCUCACUUUGAAACGUCAGAAAAACGAAGCUUGAGCGAUUUUUUGUUUUCCGUUUUUGAAUUUUUGCGAUAACAAUACAUCCACGCCCAGCAGCGUAGGAAGUAAAAUGGCUUUAAAGAUCCUUCAAAUAAUCUCCGUUCUCUUAGUUAACCUGCGGGUUGGUUGAGAAAUUUAAAUUUACCUCAAUCUUCAACUUUUUUUAUGCUUAAGUCUGUUCUGAGUGGAAGAAUAACACAUUCCCUUUUUCUUCAUGAACCUAUAACCACCUAUGGCCUUCUUUAUCCACCCAACUCUUCAGGUGUUUUUGAGGAAAACCACUAAAAUCGUUACUGUUUUCAAAACUACAGAACGUUGAAAGUUUUUAUUGUUUUCAGAAAACUACCAUUAUUUGUAUUCGCUGCUAUCACAGUUGAAGAUUUCUGUGCUGGAUACGCAGAGGAAGGAAGCUAAACAAAAAUAUAAUGAAGCUUUGCAUUCUUACGUCACGCUUUAUUUUGGACGUCCUUUGGAAAAACUCAACACGUUCUUCGAGGGAGUACAGGCGCGAGUUGCUAGCGGAGUUAAGGCUUCGGAAGUUAGUUAUCAAUUAGCUUAUAGCAAACAGGAAUUACGCAAAGUAAUCAACCAGUAUCCUGGAAGUACGGUUAAGAAAGGUCUGGAAUCUCUUUACCGCAAAGUCGAGAAGCAUCUGUCAGAGGAAGGUAAUUUGCUCCAAGUAGUGUGGAGGGCAAUGCAAGAAGAAUUUAUCCAGCAGUAUAAAACGUUGGAAGAUCUUAUUCAACAGUGUUAUCCAGGAUCAAUGAUUAAUCUGGAGUUUACCAUAGAGGAUAUAUUGACUUUCUUCUCGGACAUUGCGCGAUCUCACUAGACUUUGUUAGCUAUGCAGUAUUUUUUAUUAUGAUUUAGUACCUGUAUAAUUAUGUUUUAAUCUUGGAGAUACGUUUAUGUUAUUAAUAUUAUAUAUUCUAUAUUUUCGGAAAUAAAAAAGUAAUGCAAUAA